AUGGACAAAGCAGCAGCUAUAUGCUUGCCCUUCCAGGAGCAUAAUAAACCCCAAGCUGGUCCCUCAGAACAGAAACGUGGCAGGUCAAAAUCUCCACAUGGCAUAACAGUGCCAAAGACUCCACAGUUUGAAACCCGGACUAGAAGCAGACCUGUAAAUGCCCCAACUAGAGAAGAUUUGGAAAAGAAAGAAGUGGAAGAAAUGCAGAAGAACCAAUUUAAAGCACAACCAAUUAACCCAAAGAUUUUCAAGAACCCCAACACAGGAGUGCGGAAAGUACCCACAAAGGCACCCACAGUACCAGAGGAGUUCCAUCUGUCCUCAAAGAAUCGACAUCACGAGAAAGAAAAGUCUGAGGAACAGUAUCAUUUCCAUGCUCAACCUCUCAACAAGAAGAUACUGGAAGGCACUGUAGGUGUGAAAGAAGCAAAGAAGUUGGCCCCUACUGUACCAGAGUCCCCUGCAUUUGCUCUGAAACACAGAGCCAGAAUUCCUGUGGUGGAACAACCAAAGGAUGAUAAGCCCAAUCUGCGUUCCCGACCUGCCCCACAUUUCGGAAUACCUUUCCAGCCUCAUUUUGAGCAUAAAGCUACAGAACCAGAGCCUUUUGGUUUUGAUGAAAGGGAGAAAAAGAGGGCUGAAGAGAAAAAGAAAAAGAUUGAUCAAGUCCUGGAUGAAGAAAGAAAGCAUAGGGAGUUCCAUGCUAAUCCAAUGCCAGAUUUAAAACCGCAUCUACCACCGAAGAGGGAACGUCCCCUUACAAUGCAGCAGCCAUUUAACCUCGACACUGAUAACCGUGGAGCCAAGAAAGCAGAGGAAUGGAGUAAAAAGAUACACAAUGAAUUGGAGCAUCAGAAAGAGAUGGCACGAUUUAAGGCCAAGAAUCCUACAGUGCUGGAACAUGAACCAUUCAUACCUCAUAAGGAAAACAAGUAUACAACAGCAGAUAUCAGUGAGUUUGAAUUCAACACAGCCAAACGCAUGGUGAAGAGGGAAGCCUUCGAAAUGCACAAAAAAGCAAAACAGGAUGAGUUAGAUAACAUACGAAUUCAAGAACAGAGAAUGAAAGAGGCCGAAGAACGUGCAGAAUUUGAGAGAAUGCGAAGAGAGGCGGUACACAAGGCAAACCCUGUCAAACAGUACAAGCGUAUGGCAAUAAAACCCAGUGAAAAGCCUUUAACAGCACCUAUGUCCCCACACUUUAAAACAGACACUAGAUUGAGAACAAAAGCCUUGCAUGGAGAAAGUUUUAUGUCAUCAUAGUAAAAUGUGAUCAAAAUUUUAAUUAGUAUUUAUUGUUUUAGUUUAAAAAAAAAAAGUUUAACAAAAAAAUAUCUUGAAUGUUUGAAGGAUAUAGUCAUAAUUGAUUUUCAUGAUUUACUUUAAUGAGUUUUCCUCGUAUUUCAGCUGGUCUUGGCCUUCAUCGAUCAAGUUGUGGAUAAAUACAAAUUGUUAACUACACAUUAUUAUAUAUCCCACACAGUGGUGGUGGGAACCAUAUUGAUUUACUCCUGUCUAUCCAGCCAUCUGUUACAAAUCUUGUCCCUAUGUCAAACAUUUCUCAUCCAAUCUUCACCAAACUUGAAUAAAAUGUGUUUGCCAGUAAGUCCUAGAUCAAGUUUUAUAACUAGCCAAAUCGGCCCAGGCACUUCAGAAUUAUGGCCAUUGAAACAUUAUUUUUGAUAAAGCACUGAAAAUCUGAUUGGGUUUAUCAAAGCACUGAAAGUCUUUGGAAUUAAGACUAUAUAGGGAGUAGGGUUUGCGCUCAAACUUUUCUCAUCCGAUUGUACUACUAUUCGGAUUGGGCAGUGGUUGGAGACAAGAGCUUUUCUCAAAAAGCAGCUCUAGUUUUUACAGUGGUUCAGAGUAUAGAUUGUGCUGGAUAAAAUGUCAUUACCUUACUAAUUUACAAAUUUAAGUUUUUGUGAAGUAGUUAAAUUUACCACUGAUCUGCAGAAAUAAAUCUUUUUGGACAUAUUUCGGGUUCAUAAUUGAUGCUUAUCAUUAUAUUUGAGAAAUAUUCUCAGUACAUUGUAUAUUUGAAUUGAGCGAGAUGGAAAUGUAGUUUGACUGCAAUGGACACAAAAAAAAUCUCAGAAAUUAAGACUGUGGAUACAUGUACACUGUACUUGUUACUUUAAUAGAAAAUAAGUUAACUUUUUCUUGAUGUCCGUUGAGGAUACAUACAACAAACAUGACUUUAAUUGUUGGUGUCAGUCUUUGAACUUAACUGUAUUUGUGAUAAACUGUUUUUACAUACUUGUCAGUUUUUAUUUGUAUCUCUGUAUCUGUUUUUAUGAUGUAUUUCUUUUUCUUUUAUUGUACAGAAUUGUUUUAGCAACAACUUUCAAAUUUUUGCUUUUCAAAAAAAAAAAUGUACAAGUCUAGAAUAAUUCAAUUUCAUUAAACAGAAACACCUUGAAGGUAGGAAAUUAUUACUGCUUGUAUUAACAUUCUGUAAUUUAAGAAAGUUGUCAGUUACCUGUGUAAAAAAUAAACAAUUCGGGUAAAAUAUCCACAGUGUUAACAUACUCCUAUCGACAGGAAAUCAGUGUUGAAAUGAUCAUUUACAAAUAACAUGUACGGUGUGGAAAAAGUCAGUUCUGAUACUUAAUACACUAUUAGGGGGAUCCUGAGCUGAAAUACAUAUCGUCUUGAAACUAUCUGAAAUUUGUAGUACUUCACCAUUUAUGGUCCUAUGCCCCUGGUAAAUUCUUUUUCAGUAUCAGUUUGUGAAUUAAAAUUUUUUCCAUUGUAAAACCUACACAAAGUUCCAAUUUAAGAAAUCAAUGUUUAUUCAGCAAUACAAAUAGAUCUGAAAGAAAUGUGUAAAAAGUCGAAGGCUGUAUAUUUGGGCAAAUUUGAAUAAAUAAUAUGUAUAGUUUUAAAUAAUUUCAAAUUCUUGUACAUUUAGGUCUGUUUCAAGAAUAUCUAUAUAUUUUGUUGAAAAACGAGUUUAUAGUUUAAUAAAGAAGAAGCAGAGUAUAAAUGAACUAUUUGCUGCCAGUUAAAGGAUGUUUGAGGUUCAGCAGAAGUGUUGUACAUUGAUUGAAUAUAGUAUGGAGAUAGUCUGAAGGUUUGCAGGCUAUAUUUUCUGCUGAAGACAGAUGAUACUACCUUCAUAUAUACCUGUAGCUACAAAUAUGGAAGCAUUUUUAGCUCGACUAUUCAUGGGAUAGUAGAGCUAUUGGACUCGCCCAUGCCUUGGCGUCCCGAUUUGGUAAAGGUUUUGUAUGUAAGCUGGUAUUUCAGUAACCACUUGUGAGAAUGGAUUGAAACUUCACACACUUAUUCACUGUGAUAAACUGACUUACAGUGCACAUGUUCCAUAACUCUAUUUUGCUUUUUAACCAAAUUAUGCCCCUUUUUCGACUUAGUAAUUUUUGGUUAAGGUUUUGUAUGUAAGCUGGUAUUUCAGCACUCACUAAUGGGAAUGGAUUGAAACUUCACACAC